AUGUUCGGCCUUGCAGGAAGAAGAACUGUCCUUGCACAUUCAAAAUGUCUGACACCGAGAGCGCUCCCGGCCCGCGCCGUGGCGGUCGCUCAAUCACCCUGCACCAACACCAGAGAAUUCCGCACGACGCCGACAAAUGAGGCGUUUAGGCCGACGUGGAUGCCAAUGCGUGUCAAGACCCCUUGGAUUGAAGCCUUGACUCAGAGUCGUGAGGCUGCGCGUGAAUCAAGGGAGGGUGUGCCGCCGCCUACACCUGUGAAGCCGGAUCUCACGCCAAAGAAGAUGUCGGACAGCUACUAUAGUGCUAUUCUGCCUUUGGCCCAAGAUAAGUGGCUUUUGGAUACCUAUCUCAAUGCCUCGGGGCAUAUCCGUCUUGGAUCUUUGGUCAUGGACCUUGACGCCUUGGCCGGUGUCAUUGCGUACCGCCAUACUGGUGACGGCGUUAGUACUGUGACUGCGGCCGUGGACCGAAUUACGAUUGAGCACCCGCUUAUGGAGAUCUGUGAUCUUGAGCUUAGCGGCCAGGUCUCGUAUGCUACCGGACGGUCUAGUAUGGAGGUCUCCGUGCAGGUUGCCAAGGCCCGCCCAGAGGGACAGCCGGCCAAGCCUGAGGAUGUUCUGAUUACCUGCGCAUUCACGAUGGUUUCUCUGGACGCGAAGACGAAAAAGCCUGUCCCAGUGGCUCCUCUCAUUGUUGAGACUGAGGAGGAGAAAGCCUUGUUCAAAAAGGGCGAAGAGAACUAUAUGGCCAAGAAGGCUCUGCGCAAGCGCAGUCUGCUUGAAAGGGCACCCGAUGAUGAGGAGUCUGACUUGAUCCACUCCAUGUGGACCAAGGAGAUGUCGUAUAUCAACCCCCAAGUCCCCGCCAUCCGCCCCGCAAACCAAAUCUCCAUGAGCGACACCGUCCUCAAAUCAGCCAUGAUCAUGCAACCCCAAGACCGCAACCGCCACAACUUCAUGAUCUUCGGUGGCUUCCUCCUCAAGCAAACCUUUGAGCUCGCAUUCUGCUGCGCCGCCGCCUUCUCACACGCCCGACCCAACUUCCUCGCCCUCGACCCCAGCACAUUCGAGAACCCCGUUCCCGUUGGCAGUGUGCUGUACCUCCGUGCGACGGUGGCCUACACCGAGCCCGAGGAGCGUGAGGGUGGUCACAGUAAGUACACCAAGGUUCAGGUGCGCGUUGACUCGAAGGUGCGGGAUGUGGAGCACGGCACGAAGAAGUCGACUGGCAUGUUCAACUAUACUUUCCUUGUGGAGAAGGAUAUCCAUGUCAUGCCGAAGAGUUAUGGAGAGUUUAUGCUGUGGACUGAUGCGAGACGUCGGGCGCGGAAUGCGGCUGCGAUUGAUCCGGCGCAUAAGACGAGUACAUUGCGGACUAUCCAGGACAGUGUUACUGAGUAG